CGAGUUCGAAUUUAUUCCAAGCGCCAGCUGUAUACAAAAGCCAAGUGUUUGCCCACUCGUCACUCGACGAACAAAUCCCAUGACGGAAACCCACCAACUCGACGGCGUCCAAGCCUUCACUUCCGAACUCUCCGCGAAGGCAUCAAGGUUCCAGCGCCGCCGCUAGAUCCCUAGGUAGACUACACAGAUGUCGGUGGACUUUCGCAUACGUAAAAAUCUGUCGCUGUCGAUGACCGAGCCGAUGCAAAUCCCUGGGUCCACGUGCGAAGAUGACAGUCCCGACGGCGUGUCGUCGUCCAAGAAGGCCAAAUGCUUGCUUAACGCGUGUGUGAUUGCUGCGCCCGCGAUUGCCGGCUCCGCGAUGUACGAAGUCAAACUGGCGUAUAACAACAACAAGCAGACGAGCAUGUUCAAGUCGAAGCAGGAUUUCUUUGACCUCAAGAGCAUGUUUCAGUUGCUUGCAAUCACGAGCGCGAAGGGUUCUUGUGAGUUGUGCCAGGAGUGCGCUCAGCUGCCUUGCACCUCGAUGGACGUGUCGUGCCGUGGCGACAAUGCGUCUGCGAUCCUGGACCUCUUCUUGUCCAGCUUGAUCUCAAAGCUACAGUCUGUGGACCGUCGCUCAAUCUCUGACUGCUCCAACCACAUGGGCGUCGUUAAGAUUAUGACGGACUUCCUGGAACUGCGCAAUGUCAAGUACUUUACCUCCAAGUCGGACGAGCACCAGUACGGAGAAGGCGACUUGUCGGUCUCUCACUGCUCGCUGUCCAAGAGUCUCUCGGAGCACUUUUCGUCGUUUGAUUCUGUCUGUUAAGACCGUCCCCUCUGUCAUCCUCUCGCUGAGGCUUGGUGCCUAGCGAACCAUAUUUAAUACAAUUUAUGGGGACCCUUACCUCUGCAUUUGUCUCUCCA